AUGCUGGCAACGGUUCUUGGUUGUCUCGUCUGUGCUGCCCUGGGCAGUUUGGCGACUGAUGAAAUUCCCCUAUACAAAGAUCCGAAUGCGCCUAUUGAUGCUCGUGUUACCGACUUGCUUGGACGCAUGUCCGUCGAGGACAAGGUCUCUCAGCUCAUCCAAGGCGACAUCGACGGAUGGAUGAACAUGUCCGAUCCUUUAGACAACACCUUGGUGUACAACGCCACCGGACUGGUGGAGAUGAUGGCAACGAAGAGCGGCGUCAUUUGGGCGGGGUAUCAGAUGCCGUACGAGAAAUCGAUCUUUGCGGUGACUGUUGGACACAAAUACUUGAUGGAGAAUACUACUUUGGGAAUUCCGGCUCUCAUUCAGUCUGAAAGUCUGCACGGAUUCACAAACAAUGGAACGAUCUUCCCCUCCUCGAUCGGAAUGGCUUGCAGCUUCAACACCGAUCUGAUGUACGAGGUUGCCAAAGCCAUAGGGGGCGAGGCAGAAGGGCUAGGCUUCAGCAUGCUCUUCGCUCCCGUUCUCGACCUCUCUCGAGAACUUCGCUGGGGCCGAGUAGAAGAGAACUACGGCGAGGACCCGUUCUUGACCGGAGAGAUGGGCUACGCCUACGUGACCGGUCUCCAGGCGGGUACGAGGCGGAACGUCUCCUCUACCGCUUCUGCGCGGCUAGCCGCUACGUGCAAGCACUUUGCCGCCUUUGGCUCGCCUCAGGGGGGCCUAAACCUAGCGCCCGUCUCCGGGGGAGAACGAGAGCUGCGCACGACAUACCUGAAACCGUUUUAUCGCGCUUGCGUGCAGGGGAUCAUGUCCGCCUAUUCGUCCUAUGAUGGGAUUCCCGCGGUGGCGAACUCCCACCUUCUGACGGAGAUCCUGCGAGACGAAUGGGACUAUCAAGGGUUCGCGACGACCGACGCCGGGUCCGUAGACUUGCUCAUAACAGAGCAUGGCGUCGCAUCCGACCGAGCGGCGGCCGCCAAGCUCGCACUCGAGAAUGGGCUGAGCGGGGAGAUGGGCGGGGGGAGCUAUACUUAUCUCACACUUCCUGAGUCGAUCGCGAACGGCUCAGUUGGUAUCGGGUACUUGGACAAGGCUGUCAGUUAUCUCCUCAAGACAAAGUUCGAACUGGGGUUAUUCGAGAACCCCUACCCAUACCCCGACUACGCAACCACGAUCCGCACGCCCUCAACCCGUCACCUCCUUCACCAAAUAGAGCGGGAAUCCAUCGUCCUCCUCAAAAACGACGGGGUGCUCCCCCUCCAGAAGGGGGGUUCGGUUGCGCUUAUCGGCCCGAGUGCAGGGCAAGUUUUGGGGAAUAGCGAUUAUGUAUUCUUCAACGCCUCUCUGAACGGCAUCUCCCCCCUCCAAGGGCUGACCGAUUUCCUCUCAGGGUCAAACACGACCAUCAAUUAUGCAGAAGGCUGCAAGCUGUGGAGUAACGAUGAGAGCGGGUUCCCGGCUGCGCUCGAGGCGGCGGAGCAGUCUGAUGUCGCUGUUGUGGUAAUCGGCACCUGGUCAAGAGAUCAAACCCUCCUCUGGCAAGGCCUCAACGCCACCACAGGGGAACACGUCGACCUCUCCUCCCUCUCCCUAGUCGGGGCGCAGCUCAGGCUCGUCCAAGCUGUGCGAAAGGUGGCGAGGAAGCUGGUCGUCGUGUUUGUGAGUGGGAAACCGGUGGCGGAACCUUGGGUUAAGGCGUGGGCGGAGGGGGUCGUGCAGCAGUUUUAUCCUGGGGAACUUGGAGGCACAGCACUCGCCGAAGUCCUAUACGGAGCGUAUAACCCCUCUGGAAGACUGAGCGUCUCUGUCCCGCAGAACGUAGGGACUCUUCCGGCGUUCUGUAACUACCUCAAAGGGGGUAGACCGGUCGAUCCCGGUUUCAUAACUCCGAAUGGGUCGCUGGUCUUCGGGCACCAAUACGUCCUCUCCACUCCCCUCCCUCUCUGGUCCUUCGGACACGGACUCUCCUACAGCACCUUCCAUUACACCGCUCUCUCGCUCUCGCAUUCCCAGCUGCAAGUUUCCGACACUCACACUCACCUGGGGGUAAACGUCACGCUCACUAAUGUGGGCCCUUGGGAAGGGGCGGAAGUUGUACAGGUAUAUUUGGUAAUAGGGGUGAGUGGGGUCGUCACCCCUAACCAAGAGUUAGCAGCAUUCAGGAAAGCCUUUUUCGCGGUGGGGGAAACGCGUACCCUAAAUUUGGAGAUCAGGAUGGAAGAUCUUCCCAUUUGGGUAAAGGGCUGGGUGUGGGAAAAAGGGGAGUAUGUACUGAGGGCGGGGACGAGCAAGAAUGUGUACUUGAAUGCGAGUUUUGUUGUUGGGUAG